ACCCUUCGGAGCACACUCACGCCCCCACUACCAGAAAGCAGCAGCAUCCUCUCUCUCUCUUCCCAGCAGUCGCUUUCACACUGUUAAAUUUCACUCUCUCUUUCUCUCUCUAAAAGUCCGAAGAAAUAACGCCACUUUCUUCUCAACGUUUUCCUCACUCACUCACUCCUCUGCUCUUCACUCUCCUCUCCCCUGUUUCUCUAACUAAAAACCACCAUACUCUCUCUCUCUCUGUAACAGAAUCAAAUCAUUUCUCGUAUGUUAGUGGAAAGCCUCAUGAGAAAUGACGGCGAUGAUAUCAUGUAUGCCAUGUAUAUAUCUCUAGAGGGAUUUUAGUGGAGGAGGAACUGCGUGAUUGUGUUUGCUUGCAUAUAUUGAUUCGUGUAGUACAUACAUAUCAGGAAAAAGAAAAAAAAAAAAGGAGGAUGGAGAAAAAACAAGGGUUUUUCUCGGCAUUGAAGGAGGAGGUAGUUCGUGGGUUGUCUCCAGCAAGGUCGCGCUCCAAGAGUCCGGGUCGGAGCGCUUCGCCGAUAUCGGGUCUUCUCCGGAGGAAGAAGGUCAGUACGAGUAAUGCUGAGCAGUUAAUUGUGAGAUCGGGUAGCCUCAGGCCGGUGGGUGAGACACUGACGCCGUUGAUGGAGGGUCCGGAUCCGGAUGCCGGUGAAAUCGGGGAGUCGAAGCGAGUCAGUUCGGGUCUCGGGCAGUGGGUCCGCGGGCAACUGAGUCGUAACCCUUCGGUAGCUGUUACUGAGAAUGGGUAUGGGAACAGGAGGUCUGAUCUGAGGCUGCUGCUAGGGGUGAUGGGCGCUCCCCUCGCCCCGGUGCACGUUAGCACUACUGACCCUCUGCCUCAUCUCAGUAUUAAGAACACCCCCAUCGAAUCUUCUUCGGCCCAGUACAUUCUGCAACAAUAUACUGCUGCUUCUGGAGGGCAAAAAGUUCAGAGCGCCAUUAAGAAUGCUUACGCAAUGGGAAAGCUGAAGAUGGUUGCUUCCGAGUUUGAAACCGCAACAAAGGUAGUGAAGAACAGGAAUGCUGCUAGAGCUGCUGAGACUGGUGGUUUUGUACUGUGGCAGAUGAAUCCUGAUAUGUGGUAUGUGGAGCUUGCGGUUGGGGGAAGCAAAGUUCACGCCGGCUGCAACGGUAAGCUCGUCUGGAGGCACACGCCAUGGCUCGGUGCGCACACCGCAAAGGGUCCGGUUAGGCCCUUGCGCCGUGCCCUUCAGGGCCUUGAUCCCAGAAGUACGGCCAGUAUGUUUGCAGAUGCUAUAUGCAUUGGGGAGAAGAAUAUCAAUGGAGAAGAGUGCUUCAUUUUGAAACUUGCUGCUGACCAUCAGACACUGAAGGCCAGGAGUGAAGGACCAGCGGAGAUCAUACGCCAUGUCUUGUUUGGCUUCUUCAGCCAGAAAACAGGGCUUCUCGUUCACAUGGAGGAUUCACAUCUUACGCGUAUUCAGUCCAACGGCGGGGAUGCUGUCUACUGGGAGACUACCAUUAAUUCCUAUUUAGAUGAUUAUCGGCCUGUUGAAGGAAUCAUGAUUGCUCAUUCAGGACGUUCUGUCGUGACCCUUUUUCGGUUUGGGGAGAUGGCAAUGAGCCACACGAAAACAAGAAUGGAAGAAGUGUGGACAAUAGAAGAGGUUGCUUUCAAUGUUCCUGGACUGUCAGUAGACUGUUUUAUUCCACCAGCUGACUUGAGAUCAUGUUCUAUCAGCGAAGCUUCUGAGCUCCCUCAAGAGGAAAAGGGGAAGACAGCAAUGGCCGUUGCUGCAAAUCGCUCCAAAGUUGCAGCUCUUGAGAACACUCAUGAUGGUGGCAUUGAUAACGUAGUCUGGAAGGUUGAAAUCUGACAAAGUAGGAUCAACAUGAGGCAAAUGUUCAUAUGGGUAGGCUGUUUCUAAUACACUGACACCGUAGAAGCAACAAAAUAGUCUCGCUCUAUUGUGGGAUUCUAUUAUUAGUUCUUCAUGCCUCCAUUACUCUGUUACAAAGCAUGAUUCGUUCAUAGGUUCCUCCAGUGGAACUUUAUGCUCUCACUGCAGAAUCCAUCGAAAGGGGUUGAGCUCUCUUUUCCUGGCAACAGAUUGAGCAAAUGGAGGUUAAAUUUUAGUUACCUCCCAGCUAUGGGGGAAGAUGGUGAAGCUUCACUAUUAUGUAUUGGCAAAUCCAUUCACCUUUUUCAUAGUAUUUUAUUUUACUAACUCUUUUCUGCCUAAAAUUGUAUAAGGCUUUGGCAGUUAGAAGGGGAAUACUGCUAAAAAUGGGUUGGAUUUUAGUGUUUAUGUAACUUAAUUAUAGUAUAUGUUCCUUUGUAUUCUUGCA